ACAACACGUUCACAUGUUUCCGGGUAUAGCAAGAUGGCGGUGACUUUGAGGAAGGGGUGUAGUGAUUUUCUCCGAACGUGUUGGAGAUUACGGGCACAUAACUUGCAACUCCCUUUGGACAAACCCUUAGGAUGUUUGUUACCUGCCUUUGUGCGUCAACAGAGUUCUCAGAUCCUGAAGUACCCACCCAAUUAUGUUCCAGAAACUUCAUUAUCCAGACCCCCAUGGCCUGAAGUAACACUCAUAGAUCCUGAGGAAGAGGCAAAGCAGCAUCAAGCUGUUGUGCAAAAGGUUAACACACUCCUAGAGAAAGGAGAUUACGGGAGGCUGUUUGCUGUAGUUCAUUUUGCAAGUCGACAGUGGAAAGUGACAAACGAGGACUUGAUUCUGAUUGAGAAUCACAUAGAUGCAGAGUGUGGUGACAGGAUACGAAUGGAAAAGGUGCUGCUGCUUGGUGGUGAAAACUUCACUCUGAUUGGACGUCCACUGCUCGGACGUGAUCUGGUCAGGGUCGAGGCAACGGUCAUUGAGAAGACGGAGUCUUGGCCUAUGGUUCAUAUGAGGUUUUGGAAAAGACACAGAUACCAGAGGAAAAGAAUUAUCAUCCAGCCCCAGACUGUUCUUCGGAUAAAUUCAAUUGAAGUAGCGCCAAGAUUGAGUUGAUUUUGCUCUGUAAAUAAACGAAUGUGUUUCUGUAAUCAUGUCCUUUGAUUUAUGGCUAACUAUUUCACUGUGUAAUUAAACUUUGCAAAAACAUU